CCCGCAAUAACUGAUUAAAUGAAGUUAUACAAUUUGAAAAAGAGAUAACUAAAAAAUUAUUGAUGUAUUUAUAUUCAAUUUACAUUUUGAAAUAUAGUCAAAAGAACUAAAGGUAGUAUAUUUUUAUACAUAAUUAUUAUUAACAAUACUGAAUAUUCAAACUACUUAUAAAUAUGAUUUCAAAGGUUUGUAUGCUAUUGCGUUACGGUUGAACGUUUUUGGACAAUCGCUAUUGCAUAUAGUAUGUAUCACGGCCAUGUACAUAAAGAGAUAUGUAUAUAGUAUUCCAUAUAAAAAACUAAACGUUACCUUCGUUUUUCAGAGAAACAUUACAAAUAUAAGAAGUACUAUUGUAUUGAUUUUAAAAUACUGUAAAACCUUUUUCUCUAUUAUUUUUUGUACAUAUUUGUAAAAAAAAACGCUAGUGGUAAUACGAAUAUCCUGUGUAUGGGUAGAUAUUUUAUAUUGUUUUUAAAUCCUUGUAAUAAUUUGUUUAUUAAAAGAUCGGAAUAUCAUAUAUGUUUGUAUCUAUUUCCUCGAUAGUUUUCAGUCGACGUAAAUGUACGAUCAAUGUAAUUAAAAUAAAACGUCAAAUCGAUAUUUAGAUAGAUAAUUUAAAUAAUUUGUGUAUUUUGAUAAUGUGGUCAUUAUGAAAAUGGUGUUCGACAAAACUGUAUCAUACAUGCGCAUAACUAUCAGUUGUGUUACGUCAUACAUGUAUGACUAAACUAAGUAUUUCCUGUAAAUGUUAUAUUCUUGUAUUUUAUUUAAAUUUUAUGUAAAAAGUGAUUUUCUUUCUUUCUAAGAUAUGAGCUAAUGAAGAUUAUAACUGUGUAAAAGAAAUAUGUAACCUGUUACUAGUUUAUUCAAACGAAGAGAAUUGGAUGUACUGCUUCGGCGAUUCGACCUCAGACAAAGGUAUUAGACGAUGAGCAGUUUUUUCGUAAUUAUAUAUAGUCAUCGAUAUGUGAUACUUAACGGAACUUCUGCAAUCUAAGAUUUAAAGUGCAUCUACAAGACUCAUGGACGUGGCUGGCUAAACCAAUUGAUUGCUUAAUAUAUUAAUUUAUAAUGUACUGCAAAGAAGUGCAGCGUUAGUUGACCGGUAGCUUGGAGUAAUAUCUGACCAACUGUGAAAGAAGAUAGAAUUCUAGGAAAAGCGGAGUAUUUUUCUUCUCCGUUAAGUGAGAACGAGAUACAGAUACCUGACACGAAAUAUCGAGGUUAAAAUAAAUAUGUUAGGUGCCUCUCUACGGAAUCACUUCCAAGAACUGAUAGAGUUAGUGGCCAUCAGCUAACACGGCAAACUCUCAGUCAGCUAACGCGGCACUACUACAUAUCAUUCCUAUGAAGUAUGUAAGUAUUCAUAUAACGUGCAAUAGGUUUGGAGCGGAUACGAAGUGAAUGAAACACCCGAAAAAGUUAUGCUUUGGUGGAGAAUUAACAUCAAGUGAUAACGAGAACAAAAUUUGUUGAACUUUCAGUCACUGCGGUUAUAGAUAAUUUGAUAGUUCGUGAUGACAUCCCCUUCUGGUAAUAACACAAGCAUAGCAGAUCGGCUAGAUAUCUUAGAAAAAUUAGAAGAUGGCAUGACUGUGAGUAGUAUUGCCUGUGAAUAUGGGCUCAGUAACAGGACAAUACGACGAUACCGGCAGCACUCGAAGGCAAUUCGCAACUUUGCGGCGAAUCCAAAGUACCGGGAAAUGAAGAGGCAACGGAUACCGAUAUAUACCGAUUUGGAAUCCAAAUUGUAUCGUUGGUUUCAGCAAAGGAAGUUGUUAGGAGACUGUUUAACAGAUAAUAUUUUAAUAAAUAAAGCUAAAGAAAUAGAAACAGAGUUUCCCAGUACAUCGAAUUUUAAAGCAAGUCGAGGUUGGCUCCAGAACUGGAAGAAAAAAUAUGAUAUCGGCAAGAACACGACAGAUCCGAAUGAAAUCGCCGCGAAUAAUUUUAUACGUGAAUUUUUACAAAUACUAGUAAAAGAAGAUAUAAACGAAGAAGAUGUGUAUAACAUGGACGAGACUAGUUUACUUUGGAAAGCACUUCCGUGGAAGACAUUAGUUCACGAGGAAAAAUAUCUGAUCAUAAAAGGAGAAAACAGAAAAACGGACAUAGUGACUGUGGCAUUUUGUGCAAACACUAGUGGUACACACAAAUUACCAUUACUCUUUGUAAAUAAAUUCGCAAAUCCCCGAGCAUUGAAACAUUGUAAGGAUACAUUACCGGUGGUAUAUAAAAGUCAUUGUAAUGCCUGUGUUAACGAAGAUAUUUUUCGAGAAUGGUAUACUAAUUAUUUUAAGCAAAGUGUGAAAGAGCGCCAAUUACAGGAACAACGUAAAGGAAAAGUAAUAUUGCUCGUUGACAAUUUCAAGGCACACAAACUUGAAAAAAAGGAACUGGAUGAUGGCCACUUUAUGUUAAUAUUUUUACCACCGAAUACGUCCUCGUUGAUCCAACCUAUGGAUCGAGGUGUAAUUACUCAAUGUAAAAAGAUAUUUCGGCUUGAACUACUUCAUCGGGUACUCCAGUAUAACGACGGACUUACACAGUUUUAUGCUGAUUACGAUAUUAAGGAUUGCAUCGAUUACAUUAGCGAAGCAUGGAAUAAUGUUACACCACAAAACAUUCGUAGUUCCUGGGUGAAAAUUCUUAACAGACAGUUUGAAUUUAAUAAUAUUAAAACAGAGAAUUCUACGGUCACUGAUGAACAGAAUGCAGAGCAAUCGAUCGACGUGAUGUCUGCUGAAGAAAUAACAGAAUGGAUUUCCGGAUGCGAACAGGCGGAAAUCAUUCCAGAGGAAACUGCAAUUUUGAAACAAAUUUGCAAAUUUGAAUCAUCUCCUUCUCUGAUAGAAGACGAAGAAAUUGAUCGUCUAUUGUAUAAUUUAAGGAUGCUGAGUAAAAUCGAACCAGAAAUUGAAGCCGAUGCAAAACGAAUAAUAGAUCAUUUUAAUAAAAAGCAAGAAAGAUAAUAUUGUCCCUGUUAUAGUUAUUGUUAUCAUUAUUUUUACACCAGCAAUGUACCAUUUAAAUCGUACGUAAUACAUGGCCUAUCGUCAGAAGCCUACUUCGAUAUAACUAUUGUUAUAAACGUUUAAUCAUAGCUUACAAAUUUCCAAGCUAUGUGACGUAUUAUGAUAUUAUAAUAUAUACAUAACAUAAAAGGAACAUGUGAUCUCUUGGCAGAUAAAUAUAUUGAAUACGAUCCAGUAAUAAUCUUGGUUGACUUAAUAUUGCUUAAAAGACAAGCAUACAGGCAUUUGCUUCACAACUGCGAUAUAACGCCGUGUUGGAAACUAG